UUUUCUUAUAUUUCGCGAGAAUUCAUUAUUUAAAAAAUACAAAGUGUAAAGUGGUUGUCAAAACAAUACAAAUAGUAAAACAAGGCGCCAUUAUUUCUAUAAACUAAAUGAAUGACAACUAACCAGUGUUUAAAGUGUCUGUUUACCCAUUUAUAUCGGGAUAUAACGCACACUAAUACAUGCACGCAACUAUACGCAACUGUGCAGCUAAGCGUAUAGCGUAGGGCGCUUGCGUUAAGGAUUUCAAAUGACAAGACUUAUAAAUCGUUGCACGCUGUACGUUGUACGCUGUACACUGCCAGUGGCAAUCGUUAUUCAUGUUCGCUAACUUUUUGGCAUAAUUCACGUGAAUUCUGAUCAAAAUUCACAGCUGCAUAUCAUCGUGUAGACCUACAUACAUACAUGUUUACACUUUGUAAAUGAACGUGUUUCUGUGUGUAUCUGUUCUGAUGCAUACCAUGUUGCAGUAGCCAGGAGUAGCACGAAAAUGUAAAAAAAAAAAAAAAAAAAAGACAAAACAGAAAAAAAUCGAAAACUGCAUAAAUGUGUUUGGAAAGUUAAUGCUCGUCAUACUGCGUUCGCACACCGUGACAUCUGGAAUUGCGAAUUUCAAGAUUUUCAUUUUGCCGCUUGACCGUCUUGGGGAUCGUUUUGGGUUUUUGCGCAAAAGAAAAUUAACUUUUUGUUAAUCGUUGAAUCUUUGCCAUACACGUAGAACUAUACGAACUGCGGUCACCCAUUAUCAAAAACACAUUGUGUGUACACGUAUAGCACACAUUAUUACGUUUCCGCGGAUAUUCACUGUUUUUGGGAAGUGUUACUUAUAUUAUUAAGUGCGUGUAUGUGCGUGUAUAGUGGGUAUAACAAGUGCACUGCCAAAAUAAUAAUAAUAAUAAUAAUACAACAGUGAAGCAACAAAAACAUUUCAUUUGUUGCAAGCAUUAACUCUUGAUCGAUGUUGUUAUUGCUAUUGUUGUCCCUCUCUUAUAUAUAUAUAUAUAUAAAAGUUCAACUCGAGGUUACUAUUUAAGGAAGCACGUUAUUUGACUUUCAAAACACUAAACAUCUGAACGAAGCCGGUGGCGACAAUUGUGUAAAAACCAUGUCCGUGGAUAAUCCGUAUUAUUUCUACAAUGAUCCGAAAUCGCCGCGCACACCUGAUUCACAGAGCUCCAGCAAAGGCUUCUCGAUAUUCAAGCGACGAAACUCAAAGGGCAAUAGCCCGCGUGUCGUAAUACCGGAACAAACGCGAUUAAUUACUUCUGCCAAUCUGGAUACAGCUGCCUCAUUGACAUUGGGAAGUCCGCGUGGUAAUUUUGGUGCCGUAAGUGGUUUCGCACAUCAGCAAACGUUUGAACUGCAGCCAUUGAUGCAGCAAACGCAGCAACAACAUCAAUUACAACCGCAAAUAACUGCUACUUUGCAUCAAAGACGUGCUCGCUCAUCAAAUUCACAUUCGGAAACAUUUCGCGAACGUUUAAGUUCCUGUCAUGAAGCAAACAACACAAGCCAUCAUAAUUUUGAACAAGAUGAUGUUUUCAGCAGCACAUCACCAAGCAAGACUCCCCAUCAUCAUCAGCAACAGCAACACCAUCAUCAUAAUCAUCAUCAUCAUCAUCAUCAUACGUUACCCAGUGCAGGGGCAAGACGUCAUUCUUUUAGCAACUGGCGUCAGGCCAGUGAACGCCAUCACACAUCAACUAGCACCAAUCAAAAAACUAGUGCUGCUAAUGCUGAUGAGGUGCCACAAAUGAUGGCUCCGCGGCCACCAAUCUUAUCACCUACCAAAUAUCGAGGUCUUCACAAACGACGAGACAACUGCGGCACGAUGAGCAACAGCAUGACCAGCUCUACAAAUUCGUACAAUAUGGAUGACAUUUUAAUAGUGACUGCCAAGCAUAGCGAACGUGCUAUAUUAAGGGCGAACUUUUUGAAAAAUCACUUCGAUAAAAUCACCAAACAGCGUGGACGCAAACCUUUCAACUUCUUGCACAUUAAAAUCGAGGAUGGUCCAUUUAGUGAGCAAAUCGCAAGUAAAUACCAAAACACUGCCUUACAAAUUGUAAUACUCUGUCCGGCUCUAUUGGCCCUAUCGCAUUCACUGCUUAUGUCCCAGCUAUCGGCUAUAGUACGAGUUGAAAAAGUGCUGGGCAUUCUCUUAGAUGUUGCUGACGAGAAAGUUAAAGAAGUUCAUAAAACAGCUCUGCCUAAUUAUCUACGAUGGCGCCGUUGUGCCAUUCGUGACAACGACCAAGCACAGAUCAGUAACAUAUUGGGCAUUGCUACUGACAUCCUGGGUCGCGCCUUGUGUCAACGCCCCGUUUGCAAUGAAAGUGCCGGCAACAUAUCGCGUAGUGUUUCGAGUUGUUCAGACGGUUUCACUAUUUUGCCAAGGAAAGUUAAAAUUGGCCAAAAUAAAGUAGUUGCAAUGCUUAACGAGCCUUUGGAAAGAGACGACAUCUUGAAAAUUACCGUUGAAAAAUCGGGCGAAUUAAUCGAGUUACGCAACUUCAAAUGCCGCAAUCCAUAUACGGUGCAAUUUGCUAUACCAGAGUCAUGCAUGGAAAUUUCAACAAUGAUUGAAAUACGUAUUGAGAAGAAUGAUAAGAAUCUUGGUGCAAGACCCAUUAAAUGCGAAUCACGACUGCGAGAGUUGGAGCAGUUAUUACGCGCUGAGAAUUCACCGAUUGAGUUUAUGUGCCAUGCACUAGGAAUUGGACCGAUAGAACGCGAUGACUUGGAUUUACAUCUUUUGCAAUGUUUUCAAAAGAAUAUGCCACCAAAUUUUCAUUUACUCAACGGCCCGUACGAGAAACAACAUCAACAUCAACAACAACGACAUCAUCACUUAUUGUCAAUGCGUGAAACAAGCCCCGAAGAAUAUCCAACACUACUGCAUUUUGCCGCUCGCUGGGGAUUGACCCGUUUGUGCAUGCAGCUGCUUGAAUGUCCGGGUGGUGAUACCGCCUGCGGAGUACGUAAUUGCUCUGGUAAAACGCCAGCCGAAUUGGCCGAAUCUGAGGGGCAUCAUAAGCUGGCUCGUAAUAUAAUGAGUUUUUCGGAGUUUCAUGAAUUAACCACCAUGUACCAUUACUUCAAAGGCAUUACAAUCAAUAAUGAUAGCAAGAAUAAUCAAAAUUCCGGUGGUAAUAAGUGUCAUAAUGCCAAAGUUAUAAUAGAAGCCUCCAAAUCGAAUCCGGCUUCUCCUAGAAGCAAACAACCGAAAUCACCCAGUCAUCAAUUGCCCGAUAAGGCAACCAACGAACAGCCAACCGAAUAUAUGGAAAUGUCGAGUGGUUCAGACCGUGAAAAUACACCCGAGAUUAAGAGUAAAACUAUCGAAACUCGGGCGAUAACAAAUCUCAAUUACAUCAGUGUAGAGAUAGAAGAUGAAAAUUCGUCUGACAUCAGCAAGAACUUCGAUUCUAACAAAACUUUUACGGGACCUGAGAUAACUUCUAAAGAACUUUUGAUUACCGAACCGCCUUAUUAUUCUUCCCAAGAGCAAAAUAAAAAUCAUACGGCAGAGAAUAUCACAGAUUCACCCUAUCAAACUGAUAAGUUCAGUCAUGAAUGCUCACAACUUUUGGAAAAUUGUUCAGAUACUGCAGCCUCCGCCAAUGAUUACGUAUUACAACCGUCUAAUAUACCCGUAAUGCAUGCUAACUCUGUCACAGACGGAGAUGAUGGUAACUAUUUAACACAGCCUUCGAAUAUACCGGUAGAAGAGGACGUUUUACAAAGUUGCCGUCAAAAUUUGUCACGGGUCGGUUCUUCAUCACGUUUGGCAUGCCAGCAACCAACUUAUGGAACUUUAAAACGUACUGGCUCAAACGCUUCUAGUGGUGCCCGUUCGACUGUAGACGAUGAAUUGGCAGAAAUUAUGCAUGAUUUUAAAAACAACGUCCUGUCCAUACGAGAGGUUGAGGUAUUAGUAGAGAAAUGGAAACAUCGGAACGAUGUACAACAAAGUUUCCGUGAGAAACAAGAACAAAUUGAUCAGUUGCGCAAAGAAUACGAGCGCAUACAAGAUCAAAUGCGAACUCAUUUAAAACGUGACACGCCUUUCGAUAAAUUUAAAAAACUGUUUUCCCGUCACAAAUCCUCAUCAAGCUUAGGACACGAGAAGAACUCUUGUAUAGACGGAAUGCUGGAUGAAACCAAAUCCUCCAUUACUACCACGUCCAGUUUCAAGUCAUCGGCAAGACCUAUUAGCUCAUUAAGUUUACAAUCGGUUUCUUCUUCAAGCUCAUCAGGACGUCUAAGUACUGGCAGUAACUGCAGCGGUACCUCCUUGGGUGACUCCGGUACCCAUUCAGAUCAUGAAGAACGUCGAUUUGGGUGUCGUUUAGGUUCUCCCGGUACAUUAACAGAUAACUACUUAGUACCACCACCACCAAGACCAAUAUUUACACCUAACUCUACACCAGGCGAUGAACGACAUCAAAUUGUCUUUCCCUCGCCCAUGUCUUCGUGUACGCGUCUCAAUUCCCCUACCAGUCCAUUGGGUAACGAACACUACCAAAUGUUUCCCUCCAAUAUACCGGUUUACAACAGCCAGAGCACAAACAAUUCCCAGAACAGUAACAGUAACUAUUUGAAUACAAUAAUGGAAGCAAAUCACGAACCUGAUCAUAAUUACCAAAAUCAAAGCAACGUUACCUUGCAACCGAUAAAAUUAAAUGAAAAGUCGAAUAUAAUCUACGGGAAAUUGAAUAAAAUCACACCCACUUGCAGUUCUUUUAAGCCGGCUACGGCAACACAAAAAGCUGAAUCUCGAAACGGUUGUAUCGAAGUACAGGCUGAGGUCUAUCAGAAUGUCGGGAGCAAUUUAAACAAAUGCUUAGAGGAGGCCGAGAAAGCUAACGGCAAGGAAGCCUCAAAGACAACAGAAGAUGCUCAGAUUGACCCAGGAAGUGAUAGUCACAAUUACAUAAAUUGUUAGGAAAUUCCGAUGCAAAAUAUUCCGAGGAGAAGAAGUACGACAGAAUUUGAAAAAACUCAUAGAACGAAGAAAUGAUGACGUCAAUAGGUGGACGGAGUUCCUGAAGGAAUUCAUAAAUUAUGUACAUAUUAUUCGUAAGCGUAAAAUUCCGAGUCAAUUAGGCUGCGUUCGUUCGUUUUUUGUCUCAAUCAUUUGCCUGCGAGAAUGUUCCGAAUUCGGAUCUUUAGAUGAAGUUAAGAAACAGAUGGGAUUCCCCUCCACACAACGAAGUGAAGACAACUUGACAACUUACAGCAAAUUUCGAAUUUUAUGAUUAUGUCAAUUUACUUGAGAUAGAAAUAAUGAAGAACAGAGAGAGAAAUAGUUUAAAGUCAAGCAUAAUUUUCUUCCUUUAGUUUAAAGUCCUUAUUUCAUUUUAAUAUUUUUGUAUAAUUAUUUUAAUUGUUGUAA